CUCGGGUUGGUCCAAUCUGUCGCGGUAACGACUUACUUUUUGCCAAUCAAACGCCACGAAAAACGAGCCGGGAUGGCGCAGCGGCAACCGACGCGGCCUGCCGGUGGACGCAAGCUAGCGACGUCCAUCAAAGCGACGCGGGACCUCCUGGGUAUGGAAAAGCUUCCGCGCAUUUCCUCGCCGCGGGAGUCGCCCGGCGACCAGCUUAUGGCUAAUCCACCGCCCGAAGCCGACGACGGCGACGACGAGGCCCAGCGCGUUCAAGGCUACGACCUCCAAUACUGCGAGAGCAUGCUCGUCGCGAUUGAGAAGGAGAGCACGCAAAACAGCCAGCGGUACCUCAAUAUGCUCGAGUUCAAGGAAGGCAAAGAUCCCAAGCUCGAGUCGAUGCGAGCAAGUUUCAAGUCGCUCACGGACGAGCUACGAGAGCUUGAAGUGCUGUGUGCCAGCGGCUGGGACACAGAUGACAUUGACGAGGCGCUGCGCCGCCUGCCACGUGACGUUGUUGCCAUAGAAGCCCAUCGCUGGGCUUCGUCAUGAGCCCAACAAUUAUAGCGAGAAGCAAGUUGCAUCAUGUUGAUUCACAAUGUCGUACAAGCUACGCCUUCGUCUUGCAA